CAAAGAGAAUUUCAAGCAUGGGCAGCAAGAGUAGAAUUCAAAGAAAACCUAGAAUUUUGUGCCUUCAUGGCUUCCGAACCAGUGGAGCAAUCUUGAAGAAGCAUGUCGAGAAAUGGCCGACUUCCGUCCUCAAUCAAUUCGAUUUCCAUUUUAUGGACGCUCCAUUCCCUUCCAGAGGAAAAUCCGAAGUCGAAGGACUUCACGAUCCUCCCUAUUACGAGUGGUUUCAAUUCCACGAGGACACGGCCGAUUUUACAAAUGUUGAGGAAUGCCUUCAAUUCAUCGAGAAUCACAUGCUUGAGCACGGACCAUUCGACGGACUACUCGGCUUCUCACAGGGAGCGGCGUUGGCGGCCCUACUACCGGGAUUUCAAGCGAAGCAGGGUGUGGCGCUGACGAGAGUCCCUAAGAUCAAAUUCGUAAUCAUCAUCAACGGUGUGAAACUGGAAUCGCCAUCUCUGGACGCUCAAGAAGCUUAUGCCUCAUCCAUCGCAUGCCCAUCCCUCCAUUUUCUAAGUGAGGAAGACUUCUUCAUGCCCAGUGGAUUGCAGCUGCUGGAAUCAUUUGUUGAACCAUUUGUAAUCAAUCAUCUCAAAGGCCACGCAGUACCUAGACUUGAUCAAAAAAGUUUGAAGAUUAUGGAGAAUUUCAUCGACAGGAUUUCAAAGUUAUGAUCCACUCAAACUAAAUAACAGCUUAGCUCAAAGACAAAUGAGAUGCUAGAAUACAUCUUAAUUAGAUGUGUUAUACUCCCCGAUAAUAAUAAUAAAAA